UAGCCAUUUUCUUGCGGUUUGCAUUUGCUACAUUCUAGCAACAGACUGCGCUUUCCCCAUCUCCCGUAUUUUGUGCUCUGAGGCACUGAAAGCUGGUGACUCUCUGGCAUGAUCGUAAACUUUAUGAUCUCUGUCACACGCAUUUUCCCCGUUAGAUAUUCUUCUUCUGGAAGUAGCUAAUUGGUCACGUCUCUUAUGAGGUGCACUCCAUUUUAGGCACCUACACUGCGGUGACCCGUUAUGAGUUCACUUCAGUUCUGUGGCUCGAUGGCGAAGCAGUUGACUCCUACAGCAGCGAUGGCGCGGUCAUCAUGCCCAUGCGAAACUGGAUGCGUGAAGGUGACGGCCAUGAUCUGUGGAACACAGUCAGACGCCUCAAUAUGCAGCAAUGGGACAGAGGCAGAACUGCCAUCUUAAAUGACAAAGGAAUUCAAAUGCCUGGUGCUGCCGUCCUGCAGGGGAGAUUCGGCUGUAAGAUCGAGCUAAACCCGUAUCUAAGAAUAAGGAGGACCUUUGCACAGUUCGGAUGGAAUGGAGAUGACUUCCUGUCCUUCAGCAUCUCCAGGCAAAAGUGGGAGGCUUCAGUGGGAUCUGCUGUCCCCAUUGAAACCAAGUGGAACAGUGACACGGACAUCAUCAAAAAUACCACAUUCUACUUAGACUUCCUCUGCCUGAGACAUGUGAUGAGAAGUUUGUCCUUCGAAGAAAAGGAGAGCCAGGAGACACCUCAGCCCACUGCUGCAUUAUUCGCUAAGAGGUACCGGAACACUGGGAAGGUUAUUCUUACCUGCCUAGUUUCAGGAUUUCGCUGCAUUUACAUGACGGUGGGGUUUUAUCGGGAUAAAGACAUCUUGACUGAAAAAGAUGGCCUUUUGUCCACUGGGAUCAGACCGAACGGGGAUGGGACCUGCCAGCUGAGAAAGAGCUUGGACAUCUCAAACAGCACUGAGGAGUCCUAUAGAUGUGGAGUCCAUUUUGGACAUCUGACGGUCAAAUGGGACGGGAAGAUAUGGGACCUGGCUGUAGACCAUACCAAGAGGCAUCACUACUGGUUACUAUGGGUACUAGCACCUAUAGUGCUUUUAAUUUUGAUGCUGAUGCUCAUAUGGUUCACAGCUGUGAAACAGGACAAAUUCACCACAGAAGUGUGACCCUCGCAUCUUAUCUUGCAGUCACACUGAGGGAAUUGCUGCAUACAUGUUGUUACGUAGGGCGGCACGGAUGGUGCAGUGAGUAGCACCGCCACCCCACAGCAAGGAGGUCCUGGGGUCAACCACAGUCCUACCGCCAGUUUGAUUCCUCUGCGGAUGUGAUCUGGGUCUGGUGGCUCUGCCGAAAUAUGGCAGGAUCUGGAGGAUUUUUGCAUUUGUCCUCAAUUAUGUAAUGUUAUUUUUUGGUUCCUUUGUUUCGUUUUGUAUAGUGCUGUAUAAGUGAUGCUUCUCAUUCACCC